CGAUACGCUAGUCUCGGCGCCGAAGUUUGUCACUCGUACGCGCCAUCUGCGCACGCUGGUGGGAAUCCUUGCCGUCCACAGCCGCACGACUCGCCCCACAGCCACAUAAGCUAACAAACCGCUGCCGAAAGCACGGCGCACGGCCAAAGAGCCACAAGGCGCAGCUCGACACUCGCUGGACUCAUACGCGGCGCACGCGUGCCCCUUUUGAAUCUACGCCGCACGUAGCUUUUCGCUGGGCAUAUUCUCGCUGCAGGCGGUUCGUUUGGCCAGCACCCCAAGCACCGUACUCAUUUACAAGAAACGCGAUGGCGGCCCUCGACGCCGCGAAGCGCGCCGACCAAUUGAAAGACGACGCGAACCGCUCGCUGCACGAGGACCGCCCGCAGGAGGCCUUGUCGUUGUACACGAAAGCCAUUGGGAUCCAACCGUCCGCGGUGCUCUACGCGAAUCGAGCGGCCGCGCAGAUGCGCAUAGGCCGCCUACAAAAAGCCAUUGAUGACGCCAAUGAAGCUUUACAGUUAGAUAAGACCUACGCCAAGGCCUACUACCGCAAAGCCAGAGCUCUUUGUGAUGACAAGCAGUACGAUGCUGCGGAUAGAUGUCUAGACGAAGCCUUUCAGAACCUGCCACCGAAUGAUGAUUACCGACGGGAAAAGGAACGAGAAGCGCUCGAAAAAUUGCGAGAUCUCGUAGAACAGAAGCGGGACGAGGCGCGCGGCGCGCCGACGGCGAAACAUUUCGAGUUUUUGGGCGAACUCGGCACGGGCAACUACUCCUCCGUCUACGAGGUCGCGCGGAAGAGCGACGCCCAACGAUUCGCCCUCAAGCUCGUCGAGAAGGCCCAGGUCGAUAAAAUAAAAAGGAGGCAUCCCAACGUGCAUAAUGAAGUGAAGAUGGAGAAGGUGCGCACGCGGCGUCCUCGCGGCGGUUUUACGCCGUCGACGCGACUCGUCUCCGGGAGAGCGGGUCGGGGCUGUUUUUAUUUUUGAUUUUGAGGCCGUUCGAACAGCGCCUCGCGGCGAUGGCGUCAUCACGAGACCCCCCGCGCAGGCCGCCCUCAAGCGACUGAGUGACGACCCGCACCCGAACAUCAUCCUGCUCCACGCGACCUUCCAGGACUACGCGACGCUAUACUUCUUACUAGAAUUAUGUCCCGGCGGCGAGAUGUGGUCGCGCACUUUGAACGCGGACGGGUCGAAGGCCGGCAUACCAGCCCCCUACUCGUUAGCGCGGUGCUGGGUCGCCGAGUUAAUAGAUGCCGUCGAGCACUGCCACGCGCACAAUUUAGUACAUAGAGAUCUAAAACCGGAAAAUAUGAUGCUCGACGCGCGCGGCCACGUCAAGCUCAUCGACUUCGGGACCUCGAAGGACCUCGAAGAUUCUAGGUUGAACGGGCCCGAAUUUGUGGGGACUCCAGAAUACAUGUCGCCCGAGGCCGUCGAUUCCCUGAAUGCGGGGAUUGAGAGCGACCUGUGGAGCAUUGGGGUCGUCGCGCAUGUGUUCUUGACCGGUCAUAGUCCGUUCCGAGCUCAAUCACCUUACUUUUCAUUUUUGAAAAUACGACGGGGCAACGCGGCCGACCGCUUCCCGGCUUGUUUGCGGCUGUCGCCCGCUUUGGGAUUCGUGGAUGCGUUGUUGAGGAAGGAGCCUGCUCAGAGAUUAGGCGCCGGGUCGCGGGGCGACCUAUCGUUGUUGAGAGACACGGAGUUCCUGCGCGACGAGUAUUCAAAUUGUGAAAGAAGGUGCGACCGGCCGGCGUCGAGAAUAGCUACGUUGAAGGAACUUGCACUGCGAGCGCUCGGUGACGCUUUGGCGAUGCGCAAGGCCGACGCUAUUCCAGAGAAGAGACUCGCGCCUUCAGCCAAGAACCUGUCACCGUUGGAGCGAGCCACGCUGAAGCGUUAUGUGGAGAGGUUGGGCGCCUUACAAAAGCCCCACGUCCACAAGUUAUUUUUCGACAGUCCCGUGGACGCGCGGGCUUUGCGGAGUGACGUUGAUACGUUGUCGUACUUAGGAUGCGACUUUUCGACAGAAGGCCAGUACGAGCAGCCGGCGGCCUUCUGUCUCAUGGGGGGUCCUCGGAUCGGCUACACGGACAAGGACCAGGAAUUGGCACAGUUAUCCCGAGCGACGCGGGCCAUUAACAGAUUACGGCCGCCAUUGGUCUUUGUGGUGGGGACCUUCGCGACGUCGUCAGAAAACUUGGUACUCUUCCGCAAGGCCAUGGCGCGCAUCUCGGAGGCGAUCCCCGUGGCCUACGUCUGUUCUCUGAGUGACGCGCCGACACCGGCAGCCCUGGACGCGUGGGAGGCGCAGUUCGGCGCGUCCUUUUAUUGUCUGUGGCGCAAGGGGGCCAGAUUCGUUAUUCUAAACGCGGCAUUGAUGACCAAUGAAGCUUUCGCCGACGACCCUCGACGCGCGAAGCAACAGCGUUUUCUGGACGAGGAGCUCGAGGUCGGAAAAGUAGGGCAACAUGCGAACUUCGUGGUCAUGCACGCGCCGCCCUUCCGCGGCAAGGGCUGUGAGGGUGUCGAACUCGAGUGGGCGCGGAAGUUCGUGCAGAGGCGCGUCGACGCGGUUCUAUGUGGCGACGCGGAGGAGCCCGAGACGCGCGCUAGAAUAACAUCUUCAGACGUCAAGGACACCACAAAACCGAAGAAGAAGCGGCCGCUGGUCUGCCCGAAGGGCGAUUUGAGCGAUAGCUCGUCCUACGAGGACGACUCCGACAGGGACGAGAAAAUCACAAAAAUAGUGAACACACCACCAGUCUCGGGCGGCUUCGGCGACGACGAGCCCGUGCCGCCGGGCCUCGUCUUCGUGACGGCCUUCGAGGCCCACUGCGACGCGCGGUUCCACGAGUUGGAGGACCUGCCGUCGAUCUCGAACAUCGCCGAGCGGCCGCCGCCGUUCAAGUGGAUGGACUAGCGUUUUUUGUAUAACUUUAACUACUAUGGG